AUGGCUUCUCAGAGCAAGGGUUUUGUCAUCAAUUUCGCCAAGAAAUGUGUAGUCGUAACGGGAGGAAAUAGAGGCAUUGGUUAUGCAUUCACUAGAGCCGUCGCACAGGCAGGUGCAAACGUGGCUAUUAUCUACAGGAGCUCGAAAGACGCGGAAGCUGUAGCCGAAAAGGUUGCCAAUGAGUUCAGCGUCAACGUCAAGGCGUACAAGUGUGAUGUCUCAGACACUGAUCUCGUGAACAAGACCUUCCAGAAGAUUGACGACGAAAUUGGUCCAAUUACCGGUCUGAUUGCUAACGCUGGGGUUUCUGUUGUAAAACCUGCCUUUGAGCUAUCGCACGAGGACUUCAGCCGCGUAUACGAUGUAAACGUGUUUGGAGUCUUCAAUACGGCUCGUGCCGCUGCGAAGUUGUGGGUGGACAGGAAGCAUGACGGCGGAUCCAUCGUGAUCACGUCUUCGAUGAGCUCGCGUAUCAUUAACCAAUCCGAACAGAACACUCCUCUCACUCAGGUGUUUUAUAAUUCUUCGAAGGCUGCCGUCAGCAAUCUCACGAAGGGCCUCGCGUCGGAAUGGUCUCCCUAUGGAAUUCGAGUGAAUGCACUCUCCCCAGGAUACGUGAACACCGAUCAAACGUCUCAUAUGGACAAGAACAUUCGUGACCAUCAAGCAAGUGGUAUACCACUUCGUCGCUUCGCCGAGCCUCACGAGAUGACCGGCCAAGCCUUGCUGCUUCUCUCCGAGCACGCGACGUACAUGACGGGCGGGGAAUACUUUGUAGAUGGUGGCCAAUUAAUCUGGUAG